ACGCUUCCACAGGAAUUUUCGGCCAAAACAACUGGCCAUUUCGAAACGAUUCUCAGUGGAUACGGAACACGGACGGCUCCGGGUCGGAAUUUAAUAAGAAUCAAUAUUACAGCAGACAUCAGAGAUCUCUGUUAAAUAAACAAUUAGUGCAAUUCGUAUAAACAAUAGAGUAGUCGAAAUAAAGGCCAAAGCAACAAAUAAGUAAGAGAGCUAAGAAAUAUUUGUGGCACGCUUGAUAUUGGUUUUUAUUAUCGUUGGAUCGUUGAAUUUGUUGUUGCGUGUUGCGAAUCGGUGUCGAGAGGUGUCGGAGAAAUUUCUGUCUCAUCUCUACUACAUAGUACUAAAAUAGCAUACAAAAGAUGUCAGAGCCCACGGCCCAACAACAGCAGUCGCAGAAUGGCAAGGAGCGUUCCAAGUCCACUGAGGAGAAGGAGGUGCCCCGCGAGCCGGCUCUCGUUUGUAAAGACAUCAAUAUUAAGACUGAAUUAGAGUGCCUGGUGAAGCUCCUCGAUGGCAAGAUCUACAAAGAGGAGGAGGUGGCCAUGGAGGAGCUGCAUCAGUAUUUGAUCGAGGAUGACGGCUCUUGGGCGUUGGGUGACAACUUUCUGGUGUUUGUGCAGCGAGUGCUGCGCGAUGUGCAAGCCUUCUCACCGGACACACGGAUUCACAUGAUUCGCACAUUGGCCUACGCCGCUCUUAAGGACGAUGUGAUCAUUAUUCUGCAUCAGGAUCGCAGGGAUCACACGCUGAUGAACUACGCACAGGACAUUGACAAGCAGACACCCGAGGAGCAGCAGGCCUGGGCCAUGUUCACCUGCAAUCUCUUCGAAAAUGUGGGACCCUCGGAAUGGCUGCUGUACAUUUCGGAGUGGGAAUACAAUGGUCAGACCAUCUCGAACAUACGCGUCACAACCAAGGUGGCUGUGCACUGCAUCCUCUCGAAUUGCCCGCAGCUGAAGAACAUUGGGUCGAUGAUCCUCUACAACAUUGCAAUCAAGGAAGUGAAGACUGUGGUAUUCGAUGAUGUUGCCGUGGAGCUAGCCAUGGCCAUACUGCAGUUUUUCCAGAGCAGUCCCAAUGAGGAACAGAUCUUCCGCACACUGAAGGCACUGGCCCGAUUCCUCGAGGUCUCGCCAGACGUGCAGAUGAUUAUUCAAAUGAUUGGACCGCAUCCAAAACAAUUCACUGGCAAGAGCGAGCGCGUCGACGAGCUGAUAAAGAUCAUCUCCCGCAAGGUGCCCGCCUAAGAGAGGCG